UAAACAAUAACACAGGACAGAGGAGGGUGGUUGCUGCUAAGAUGAACAACAAAUCCUCUCCCAUACACACAAGAAGUAUAUAUAGAACUGAUAAAUGACAAUGAAGAUAGAUCCAUGUUAGCAAGGAAUCUAGGAGUUACUCAAUCUUACAGACCUCUUUUGGUAUGUAAUUUUUUUCAUAUUAAUACAGCCUCCUGGAGAAGUCCAAUUAUGGGAAAGAAGAAAACGAAAGGAAAUGACCCCAAGGAAAAGGCAGCAGCUGGAUCAAGUGAAGCUGGCAAAGUAGAAGGCCCUAUUACUUGUAACAAAUCUGGUAAUGUUGUUAUACGGAUCUUGGCUAAACCAGGAGCCAAGGAUAAUGGAAUUACUGACGUAAGCCCUGAGGGUGUAGGAGUUCAGAUUGCUGCACCACCCACAGAUGGAGAAGCCAAUGCAGAGUUAGUGAAGUUUUUAGCUUCUUCAAUUGGAGUUCGCAAGAGUGACGUAAGCUUAGAAAGGGGAUCGCGCUCAAGACAGAAAACCGUAACAGUGAGCGGCACAACUGUAGAUGAUGUUGACAAGAUUCUGAGAGGUUUAUGUCCGAAAUAAGAUGAUAUGAUUAUGUCCUAAGGAAGAUGAUAUACAGUACUGUUUUAUUCUGUCUGCUACAUUAAACUUAUCUGAUUUUUUUAGUACUGUACUUUGUGACCAGUACGAUCCUUUAUGUCUGUAUCCAAGAUUACUCUCACAAUCUUGUUUUGAAUAUUAUAUGGGUUCGCUUUAAUUUUUUUUAAAGCAAAACAUCAUGGUGAACAGGAACAAUUGAAAUUAUGUCUGAUAGCUGGGUAUAUGGGUUUUUAAGUCUCAGUUGACACAUAUUCAGCCUUCCCAUGUAGAAAUUUUACCCUGAUAUUGUAUUACGUUUUAUAUUUGUUACUGAUGAUUCUCGUGAUUGAAGAGUCUUAUGGUAGGCCUAGAUAUUUCAGUAAAGUUACAGCUGAAAUAGACUUAUAAUCAUAUGAAUGUAAAGGUUGUAACUCUCUCUAGUCAUCUUUUGUAUCCAAAUAAUAUUGUUUUAAUGUUGCAAGAUGCCAGGAAAGUUUGUUAUCAGUCAACCUAUUAGCUUCUUUAUAUCUUUACCUGAGAGGAAAAGUCACUGUCAUCAUCAUGCAAUAGUUGAUAUUUUAUGAUGGUGGCAGUGACAGAGAUGAAGAAAUAGAGCUCUCCAGUGUAACAUCUUUGUGGACAACACAAGAAUUAGCCAAGGUAUUGACACCCAAGAUAUAUACUGUACAAGACCUGCAGUGGGACUUGAAUGAAAUCUACAGUUGGGCCAAAAUUAACACCAAAUUCAAUGAGGAUAAAUAUUACUGUGUGGGAAAACAAACUGGAGGAAAAGACCAUAAAACUAGUGAAGUGAA